CACCACUCGUUCACCACCCAAGGAACAGAGCUGCUAGGGUAGCCCUGCGUAGUCCCCCCUGAAAGCCGCAUCCAAUCAACCACUUGGCAAAAAGGUACUUUUCCUACUACUACUGGCCUCUAGGUCAGAAUAGGUACAUGUACUAUGUAAUCAUUCUCACUCUCACUCGUCGUGUGUUGUGUGUCUACUCUAUUACCUAUUAGAGUGUUUAAUUACUUAGCAUCAAAGUCUGAACUUCUAGACUACUACCUGCCGAUACCCGCAUCUUUCUUCCAGCUCACCAUCUGCCUCCUGAAUUCACCACGUUCAUUACAUCCUCAUCGUCAUAUUUCGCACUUCCAUUCGUCCAAGUCCAGACACAACCACCUUUACUAUACAACCCGGGACCCGUUAUUUUCUCCAAUUCAUCAUCCAUCCCCUUGUUUCUGUGACCUUACGUUUCGGCGCUUUGCUAGCGCUCUCCCCCCCUUCAUCAUGAGAUUCCGCCAAAGACACGCGCCUCUAUUUCUUCUUCUGUUACCGUCCCUCGCUCUCGCUUCUCCCACUACCGAGUCAUCAAAAUCCUCUAAAGGCAACCGAGCCUUACGCGCCGAUUCAGCCCUCGAAGACUCUGCGUCGUUGGAUUCUUCGGCUGUCUCUAGUAAUCCCAAAGCUCGCGUCGAUAUUGGUACCAAGAAUGCCCCUGUAGAUGGCAAAGAUGGGAUGCCCCAUGAAGGCCCUUUCAUUGCUCAGUCCGACAAGGGACGCAGGAAGGGCAUCGACACCGAUGUCGACGAUGACGACUCGACUCCCGAUUCUCGAGACCUUCCCGUCCUGAAAAACCGCCCCGCCGAUCCCACCAUUGUCGAUGGAAAGAAGAUACCCGAGUCGAACGAUGGUGUCAUGGACGACCCCCAUCGGAAACCACCCAAACGGGGCACUACCGGCACUGAAGGUGGCGUGAGUGAGAAGGACAAGGCGAGGAAAGCUAAGGAAGGAAGGACAGGCGAAAAGGCCGAAAUGGUGCCCGAGACACCCAAGGAGAAGCCUCCUAUGCCGCACGGCGAGCAAGAGAAGAUGGUCAGCGAUAAGGAAACGAAGACUGACAAGGACAAGAGCAAAUCGGACAAGUCUACUGACGAAAUAGCUGGACUUGAAAAACCUGCCGACCUGCCUGGCAAAGUAUACGAUGCCCCAAAUCCGCUCCCGGACUCGGCAAACAAGGAUCACCUAGAUCUCAGCAAACCAUCUAAAACAAAAUCAAAGCUUGCGGUGAAUGAAGAAGCAAACGAGGGCAUCAUUCAGCCGUUCCAUUCCUUCAUUCUCUCUCUUACUAUGAUUUUGUUCUCCGAGGUGGGAGACAAGACAUUCUUAGUCGCAGCCCUCAUGGCCAUGAAACAUGACCGUAUGGUCGUCUUCACUGCCGCUUUCGGUGCUCUGCUGGUCAUGACGGUCUUAUCGGCAGUGCUGGGCCACACCCUUCCAGCCCUGAUACCCAAGCGGCUGACCUCGUUCCUCGCCGCUGGGCUGUUCUUCGUGUUCGGCGCCAAAUUGCUUCGCGAAGGCUUAGCCAUGGAUCCCAACGAGGGCGUUUCGGCGGAAAUGGAAGAGGUCGAGAUGGAGCUGGAGGAGAAAGAACAUCAGGCAUCCAAGAAAGGUCGACGGUCCUCUGCAUCCCCCUACGCCUUGGAGAUGGGUCUUGGAGGCCGUGAUCGCAAGCCGCGGUCCCAGUCUCGGUUCCCAUCACCGCCCCGCAGCCCAUCCAUGUCGCCUCCCCGUAGUCCCUCGCCCCGAGGAGGAGUCGUGAGUGAGGUGACUGUGGGUCUUUCGAACCUCUUGUCUCUCCUCCUAAGCCCAGCUUGGGUACAGACUUUUGUCAUGACCUUCUUGGGCGAGUGGGGAGACCGAAGUCAGAUCGCUACCAUAGCCAUGGCUGCCGGCCAGGACUACUGGUGGGUGACGUUGGGUGCUGUGCUGGGCCACGCAUGCUGCACUGGUGUUGCGGUCAUUGGCGGUAGGGCUAUUGCUGGCAAGGUCAGCCUUAAAGUCGUCACUGUGGGCGGCGCCGUGGCCUUCUUGGUAUUUGGCUUCAUAUACCUGGUCGAGGCGUUUUAUGCGUAAAAUUCUUUUUUUUUUACAAAAAAAAAAAAAGAUAAAAUCCUUGGAAAUAAAAUCUAAGAGCUGAUCGAAAUUUAGAUUGGCAUUUGUACUAAUCUACAGCUUGUCUGUCAUGUAGUUAGAGCGCAAGCAAACCAUGCCGAAUAAUAGCAGGCGUUUAUCAUGGAAAGGCGAUGCGAGCAGCUCGCGAUAUUUCCCUGUCUGCUCCCCCGCCUCAUGGUCGAUGGUUUUCCCCAUGUACAACAUAGGUGUACAUAUAUGACGGCUUACAUCGCGACAACGGUCUAUUAAAACCCACUGGGUUGGGUUAGGUUGGGCUAUUUAAUACACACAGUAGGCGGGAAUGGCAGGUCAGGUCACACACAACAUAACACAUCGAUGCACUUUUUUCAGUGGGAUGGUUUACUGCUGUCAUCUAUCUAUCUCUGUUUUACUAUUAAGAAUAUGGGAACGGGGUUAGAUCAUCUUUUUUAAAAAAGAAAAGGGGGUUGUGGAUUACAUGGGGUACGGAAAGGCAUGUAUGUAUGGAUUAAUAGAAAUGGUCUUAAAAGGCUUUUUUCCACAAAAAAGCUAGAGCAAUGCACCGGACCAUUUUAAUGCGAAUGGUAGAUGGUGUUACUACCUACCUAUAUUGUGGUUUUACAAGGGGUGCGAGUUCUAUUAGUGUAUUCAUGCUAUGCCUACGUGGUUGAGGUUCAAAUAAU